AUGGCCGAGAAGCUCCGCCGCCUCCUCUUCCUCCUCCUCCUCGCCGUCGCCGCCCUGAGCGAGAGAGGAUAUGCUGAUGAUGACUUAAAAUUAGAAGAUGCGCUCAUUGACCAGCCGACAAAGCCGACCAAGCGACCUACUCACAAGCCACCCAAAAAGCCUUCUUCUAGCGGAACAGGCGAUUGGGACUUGUCUGACUACUUUGAUGAGCUGGAGACAACGACAAAGCCAGCAAAGGUGACCGCUGGCCCUUAUCCGAAGAAACCAGAUGAUAGCCGCUGGAAUGUACAGUACACCACCACCACCAAGCAGCCGAAAAUGACCAAGGCGCCACCCAAAAAACACCCAACCAAAGAUCCCAUGGAUUUUGACUUAAGUGAUGCCUUGAAGGACCAAAAUGAUGAGCAUGGUGGUGGGAAGCCAAUUGUCAAUCCUGGUGGAGGCUCCAAAGGUAGAGGUGGAAGAGGUGGAAAACCUGGUAUUUCAGAUGAUGACUUGGCUGGAAUUCUGGAUGACGGAGGCUACCAACCGGAGAAGAAGAAAGGGGGCAGCGGCGGAGGCGGCAGCGACAGCAAUUAUAAUGAUGGUGCCCUAGUAGAGACAGGGACGAUCGCUGGCAUAGUCAGCGGCCUCGCCAUGGCUCUCAUUGGUGCCGUGAGCAGCUACAUCUCGUACCAGCAAAAGAAGUUCUGUUUCAGCAUACAGCAGGGUCUGAAUGCAGAGUACGUGAAAGGAGAAAACAUGGAAGCGGUGGUGACUGAAGAGCCACAAGUUAAAUAUUCUGUCCUAGAGCCACAGUCAGCAGAGCCGCCUCCGCCGCAAGAGAACGCAAAGGUCUAAACUGUCAGGCUCGGGCUGGAAAGAAUUGGUCAACGGCAACCACAUACACGCUUCUCACAUGCUUGUAAUUUAGCUUUUUACAAACGUUUGAUUUGGAUCCAAAGCUAUUUAAUGUGUGUUCUGUCUAGGACAGGCUUCUUAUUGUGGUAGACUAUAGGCAGGUUGGUACGUUUGUUUCUUUUUUUUUCUCACCAUUUCUGUUUUUUCGUGAAGAGUUGUAGGUUUACAUCGACUUGGUCAUGUAGGAGUUUUUUGUCAGGUUGAAUACAAACCACAAGGGUGCUUCAAAGUGAUGUUUCAUAUUAGAUGUAGGGAUUUUCAUUAAUGAGGAAAAAAAGCAGCUGGGAGUAGUGACUACAGGUGUGAGAACAAUGAAGUGCCUGUAAAUUAACAAUCCAAAGCAAACCAUUAAAAAAAAAACCUUUGUAGAAAUGUCUUUCAGCUACAUUGGCUGGCGGCUAUGAGCUCAUGGCUUCCGCGUGCUCUA